GUUCUGCAUGGUGCUUGGAUGAGCUUGUUGAGAUACUUAAAUGCAGGGAAGAAUCAGGACAAAUAGUCCUACCAGUUUUUUACAAAGUAGAUCCCACUGAGGUUCAAGACCUGACAGGGAAUUUCGGGAAGGCACUUGCUAUGCAUGGAGAAAAAGGCAAUUCACGGAAGGUGGAUACCGAAGCGUGCUUUGAUGGAAGUAAGCAACUUUGCAGGAUGGGAUUUACAGGAAAUCAAGUAUGAGGCCAAAUUAGUUGAGGGAAUUGUCAAUGAUGUUUUGAUCAAAUUUAGUGAUAUGUCUAAAGGUGAUGAUUCUUAUGAUCGCAACUUGAUUGGAAUUAAACUGCGUGUGGAAGAAGUGGAACGGUUGUUAAAUGAGAAGCAGAUUGUAGGAAUUUGGGGGAUGGGAGGCAUUGGUAAAACAACUAUUGCACAAGAAGUAUUUCAUCGAAACAAGAAUAAAUUUGAUGGUCAUUGUUUCGUUGAAAAUGUUAGGGAAACAAUGACAAAGCAAUCAUCAAAUUCAGUGCAAGUCAAAAUCAUUCAACAAUUAUUAAGGGACAAACAUGUAGACAGUUUGAAUGAUUCUACUAGGAGAAGGCUUAAGAGUAAGAAGGUAUUGAUUGUUUUUGAUGAUGUAGAAGAUCGAAACCAUUUAAAAGAUUUAGCAGGAGAGUGUGAUUUGUAUGGUGAGGGAAGUAGAAUCAUCAUAACUAGUAGAGAUUCACACGUACUUAAUUCUGAUUUUUCAGAGAAAGUCAUAUAUGAGGUUGAGAAGUUAAUUGAUUCUCAAAGUAUGCAACUCUUUAGCUUGCAUGCCUUCAACCAAAAUCUUCCUAAGGAAAAAUAUUUGGAGCUAUCAAAGAAGGUGACAAUCUAUGCUAGAGGCAAUCCACUAGCUCUUAAAGUUUUGGGAUCUCAUUUAUUUCGUAGGACGAUAAAAGAAUGGGAAAGUGAAUUGGAAAAAUUGGAAGGAAAAUCUCUUAAGAAAAUUCAAGAUGUUUUGAAAACAAGUUAUGAUGGGCUAGAAAAGAAUGAACAGGAAAUAUUUCUUGAUAUUGCAUGUUUCUUCAAAGGGGAAGAUAAAGAUGAGGUUGAGAGAAAAUUAAAAGCAUUUGGUUUCUAUCCAGAAAGUGGAAUACCUCGUCUAAUUGAGAAGUCUCUGAUAACUAUUUCAAACAAUAGGGUAGAUAUGCAUGACUUGCUAGAGCAAAUGGGCAAGGAUAUUGUUAAUGAGGAAUGCAAACAGCCUGGCGGACGCAGCAGGUUGUGGAAUUAUGAAGAUAUUGAUCAUGUACUGACAACAGAGACGGUAAGGACCAAAUUAAUCAAUGAAGGAACCGAAAAUGUUGAGGCCAUAUCGCUUUUUUCUUUUGGGGGAGUUUAUUUCAAGCGUUUGAAGCCAAGUGCCACGGCCUUUGCGAAGAUGUGCAAUCUUAGAUUCAUCGAAGUAUAUGCAAUGUCGAACAGAGUGCUCCUUCCUAAGAACUUUGAAUUUUGUGCACAAGCACUAAGAUGUCUUUACUGGGAAUGUUAUACUCUGGAAUCUUUGCCGUUAAAUUUUUGGCCAAAGAAUCUUGUAGAACUUCACAUGCGUUCUAGCAAUCUCAUACAACUGUGGAAUGGAGGAGAUAAGCCUCUUGGAAGUUUGAAAUUGAUGGACCUUAGCGGCUGUGAUGACCUGAUCAGGAUUCCGAACCUGUCUAGUAUUGCCCCAAAUCUCGAGAUUCCGAACCUGUCUAGUAUUGCCCUGAAUCUCGAGUUUUUAUAUUUGGAAAGAUGUUGGAGUUUGGUUGAAAUUCCCUCUCUUCAAAAUCUGAGCAAGCUUACUGAACUUCAUCUAAGUGAUUGCUGCAAAAUCAAAGAUUGUCCAGAGAUUCCGUGUAAUAUAAGGAUUCUAAAAUUAGACGGAACUGGAAUAGAACAACUGCCCUCAUCAAUUAAGCAUCUGUCUCAACUUGUCAUAUUGUUCUUGGAUGGGUGUACAGCACUCGAGAGUCUUCCAAGCAGCAUUGGCAAUUUGAAACGUCUUGAAGAACUUCAUCUAGCUGAAUGUUCAAGACUCGUGACUAUUCCAAGCAGCAUAGGCGAGUUGAAAUGUCUUGAAGAACUUCAUCUAGCUGAAUGUUCAAGACUCGUGACUAUUCCAAGCAGCAUAGGCGAGUUGAAAUGUCUUGAAAAGUUAUUUCUCCCGAAUUGCUCAAAUUUAGCAAGUCUUCCUGAAAGCAUCAAACAACUUUCGAAGUUGAAACUGCUUAUUUUAAGAAGUUGCGAGAGACUUAAAAGUUUACCAGGGCUUCCAUCAUGCUUAGAAUUAUUAAAUGCAAUUGAUUGCCGCUCUCUGGAAUCUGCAUCAAUUUCUUUCAAUUUCUUAGAACAUGAAGAUGAAAAUGAAGAAGCACAUAAAAGUGAACAUGAAAAUGAAGAAGCACAUAAAAGUGAAUCUGAAGAUUGCAAAUUUCUUGAUUUUAGUAAUUGCGGCAAAUUGAAUAAGAAAGUAAUGGAGGAUGUUUUUGAAGCGCACCUGUUGGGUCAGAAAGUUACAUUAUUGAUGGCAGGAGGUGAAGUGCCAGAAAGGAUGAGAGUUAAAGUGGAUUUCAUAUGUGAAUCUGGAAAUAGGCGGGAACGUAAUGCGUUCAACUUAUUUAGCGAUAAGGUCGUUGCGAUUUGGAAUGGUUAUGUGUUGCUUUCAUUCAAUGGAUUGAGGGCACGUUUUGAUGAAGAGUGUUUCGUUAAGGCCUCAUUUUGCAACAACGCCGACUGGUACGCGGAUCUGCAGGAAUUUAUGGAGUGUGGGGUCCAUCCUAUAUAUAGUAGAGAUAAAAAGCAGAAAUGA